AUGGCAUCUUUGUUUCUGAAUAGUCUUGGUGAAAACACCCUAACUCGAAGAGAAUAUGUUGCUAUCUUACAAUGGCCAUUUACUUAUGAAGUAACAUUUUGUCUUCUCGAUCAGUCGGAGAAACAUAAACAUGUUAUUGAAUCGUUCCGUACCGAUCCCGGAUCUGAUAUAGCCGAACUACUGAACAAUGGGAUGGAUUAUCAACGUGAAGAACUAAUAUUUUUACCACCAACACUCACUGUUGAACAAGAUCGAAAUCCUGUUCAACAUCGUGCGAAUACGUUUUGGUUUGCAGAUCAACCACCAUUUACUUAA